GCACGAAGAAAUCUUUCGAAUGCAUCUUCAUAAUGGCGUCCUUAAACCAGGAGCAGCUCAAAAUCUUGGAACAAACGCGCCAGCGGCUUCUUCAUCUGACGCAAUCCCUUGGCUCGCUGUCAAACAGCAUCAACCAAAGCGAUCCGUUGCCGCCAUGGUCCUCCCUCCAAUCCCAAGCCACGAUCAUAUCCAACAACCUACUUUCCAUCUCUCACCUCCUCACUGAACACCAAGAGCUCCUCUCUUCUAUCGUCGCCUAUCCAACGCCCAACUUCCCAGGACGCACAGAGUCUACCAUCCUGCACCAGCUAAUGCGCACGAAACUAGAACCUCGCGUAGAAGAAUGGGUCGCUAGAGGAAGAAACGUAGCCAGGCAUAAUACUGCUUCAUCGCAAAUCCGGGCGCAACAGGGGGCUGCGGGAGAAGGUGAGACUGUCCGCCUAUCCGUGGAUGAGUUACUUGAUCUGUGGCACUGGGCCCCCAUCGCAGCGAAUAUGGAGGCUCGACGGAGGGAUUGGGGUGGCGACUAUACGCUGGAAGAAAAGGAAAUGGGUGUGAAAAAUGUUAUUACGGGCCUGAAGAGACAACUUGAUGAAGGUGACGAGGAGGAGGAAGAGGAAGAGGAGGAGGAGGAGGAGGAGGAGGAUAUGCAGGGCGAAGAGAUGGAAGUGGUCGUGGGCGCACAUACUAAGGCUGGUGGGGGUUCGGGCGUGGAAUUUGAUAUUGCUAGAGGGAGCAGUCAUAUCCCUUCGAAACCUGUGGCGCCUGGUAUGCCACUUGAUGACAUUUUUCGAUUUAUGAUGACGGGUGCGCCGCCGAGGCCAAGAUAACCCGGAUUGAUUUGCUGGAAGUUGUGGAAGAGCUUGUUAUUACCAUUCGAGGAGCUCUUUUUAACAUGAUACCAUGAUUGCGACUGGUCCGAAUAGAUGCCGUGAUUGCAUAUUUACCGGAGAUGUGAGAUGGGAUCAAACUGGAUUAGAAGGUGAUAUUAAUACUUUUGUUACUUUACAUUGCAUAUAGAG